GUUGGGACCGGUCAGGCGCUGCUGAAGGUGACGCAGUUCAGUCAGAUGCUAAGUAAUGAAACGACGGAUAAAACGACGCUUCGAUAUUGGAAGGACGCUGUCACCACCUGGUUCGGUUCGAAGGCACAGUUCAGGUUCACGCUAUGGAAAGACAAUCAACGGAAUGAAGCCAAACCCUUCGUCAUCGGUCCCCCUAUAUUGCCUCGCUUCUUUUUGGUGACCCAUCAAUCAGGCGUGAAGGCAAUGUCCAUAAACAUGGAAGGAGCCAACGAACGGUUGUACAAUUACCAAGCUUCCGUGGUUGAAUCGCCGGCUGCUUCGUGGACCUUCAGGUAUACCAACGGAUAUGUCGUGACUUUGCGCGGCGCACUGUCCGUGGUCGUG